CAGAUCCUGCAGGGGCUCUUCACCCUCCUCAGAGCACAACAGUUCUUCCCAGAGAGACGGGUCUCGGGCACAGGAGCUUUAGACACAACGGCACAGGACAUGGGAUACGGUCAUCAAGUCAUGUCUCGUUCUAAGGAGUCAGAUGAACUUGUUUUCUUCGUGAAUGGAAAAAAAGUCGUCGAGAGGAACGCAGACCCUGAAGUUAAUCUGUUGUUCUAUCUGAGAAAAGUCAUCCGACUCACGGGGACGAAGUAUGGCUGUGGAGGAGGUGGAUGUGGUGCCUGUACAGUGAUGAUCUCAAGAUAUGACCCCAUCUCCAAAAAGAUCAGUCAUUUCUCUGUCGCUGCCUGCCUGGUUCCCAUCUGCUCUCUCCAUGGGGCUGCUGUCACCACUGUUGAAGGCAUCGGAAGCACCAAAACCAGGAUUCACCCUGUCCAGGAAAGGAUUGCCAAAGGCCAUGGUACCCAGUGUGGGUUCUGCACUCCAGGCAUGGUGAUGAGCAUCUACGCUCUCCUGAGGAACCAUCCUGAACCCUCCACAGAACAGUUAACAGAAACCUUGGGUGGUAAUUUAUGCCGCUGCACUGGAUACAGACCCAUUGUGGAGAGCAUGAAAAGUUUCAGCCCUAGUUCAUCUUGCUGCCAGAUGAAUGGGAACAGGAAAUGCUGCUUGGAUGAAGAAAAAAAUGAGCCAGAGAAGAAAACCAGUAUUUACACCAAAUUGUAUGAAAAAGAAGAAUUUCAGCCUUUGGAUCCAACUCAGGAGCUUAUAUUCCCACCUGAGCUAAUGAGGACGGCAGAGGAUCCCCAAAAGAGAGCUCUGACGUUUUAUGGGGAGAGGACUACCUGGAUUGCCCCAGGAACCCUAAAAGACCUCCUGGACCUGAAGAUGAAGUACCCCAGCGCUCCACUUGUGAUAGGCAACACCUCUCUCGGGGUUGAUAUGAAGUUCAAAGACGUUUCCUACCCAAUUAUCAUCUCUCCUGCCAGGGUCUUGGAAUUACACGUCGUGACUAAUACAAAGGAAGGGCUGACACUGGGCGCUGGCCUCAGCCUGACCCAGGUAAAGGACAUCUUGACGGAUGUGGUCUCCAGGCUCCCCAAGGAGAGGACACAGAUGUACUGUGCUCUCCUGAAGCACCUGAAGACCUUGGCUGGGCAGCAGAUCAGGAACAUGGCUUCCUUAGGUGGUCAUAUUAUCAGCAGACUGCCGACCUCUGACCUCAACCCUAUUUUGGGUGUAGGCAACUGUAUCCUCAAUGUUGAGUCAACAGAAGGAACACAGCAAAUCCCUCUGGAUGAUCGCUUUCUUGCCGGACUACCAGAUGCAAGCCUGAAGCCAGACCAAGUGCUCAUCUCUGUUUUCAUACCCAUCUCUGGAAAGUGGGAGUUUGUAUCAGCUUUCCGACAGGCGCCGCGUCAGCAAAACGCCCUUGCGACAGUGAACGCCGGAAUGAGAGUUGUUUUCAAAGAAGACACAGGCACCAUUGCGGACUUCAGCAUCUUAUAUGGAGGCGUUGGUGCGACCACAGUCAGCGCAAAUAAAUCCUGCCGGCAGCUGAUCGGAAGGUGUUGGGAUGAAGGGAUGUUGGAUGAAGCUUGCAGGUUGGUUCUGGAAGAAGUCUCCCUGCCAGCAUCAGCCCCCGGAGGAAUGGUAGAAUACCGACGGACUCUGGCCAUCAGCUUCCUCUUCAAAUUUUACUUAGAAGUGUUGAAGCAGUUAAAGACGAGGAAUCCCCAUGGAUACCCUGACAUCUCCAAGAAACUCUUACAUGUUCUGGAAGACUUUCCUUUGACCAUGCCACAGGGGACGCAGUCAUUUAAGGGUACAGACCCCCAGCAGCCCCUGCAAGACCCAGUUGGGCGUCCCAUCAUGCAUCAGUCUGGCAUUAAACACGCCACAGGGGAAGCAGUAUUUUGUGAUGAUAUGUCUGCCCUGGCAGAAGAACUCUUCCUGGCCGUGGUAACCAGCAGCAGGCCACAUGCCAGAAUCAUUUCCCUCGAUGCCUCCGAGGCCUUGGCAUGCCCUGGUGUGGUUGAUGUGAUAACAGCUCAGGAUGUUCCUGGUGACAACGGCAGAGAAGAAGAGAGCCUAUAUGCACAGGAUGAGGUGAUUUGCGUGGGUCAGAUCAUUUGUGCCGUGGCUGCUGAUACUUACGCUCAUGCCAAGCAAGCCACAAAAAAAGUGAAAAUUGUCUAUGAAGAUGUGGAGCCCAUGAUCGUGACAGUUCAGGAUGCACUGCAAUAUGAAUCAUUCAUCGGACCUGAAAAAAAACUGGAAAGAGGAAAUGUUCAGACAGCAUUUCAAUGUGUUGAUCAAGUCCUUGAAGGGGAAGUGCACUUUGGAGGCCAGGAACACUUUUACAUGGAGACCCAGAGCGUACGUGUGGUACCCAAGGCAGAGGAUAACGCGAUGGACAUAUACGUAUCAAGCCAGGAUGCAGCAUUUGCGCAGGAAAUGGUGGCUUGCACCUUGGGCAUCCCGAAGAACAGAAUCAACUGCCAUGUGAAAAGGGUUGGUGGAGCCUUUGGAGGGAAAGCAAGCAAGCCUGGGCUCCUGGCGGCCGUGGCGGCUGUGGCCGCACACAAGACUGGCUGCCCAAUCCGUUUUAUUCUAGAGCGUGGGGAUGACAUGUUGAUAACCGGGGGACGUCACCCGCUACUAGGGAAGUACAAGAUUGGCUUUAUGAACGAUGGGAAAAUCAAGGCAGCAGAUGUCCAGUUUUACAUCAAUGGAGGUUGUACACCAGAUGAUUCUGAACUGGUGAUAGAAUACUCUUUGCUCAAACUGGAAAAUGCUUACAAGAUCCCCAACCUCCGGGUCCGAGGCCGAGUCUGCAAGACCAACUUGCCAUCCAAUACAGCCUUCCGGGGAUUCGGCUUUCCCCAGGGGGCGUUUGUAACGGAAACCUGGAUGUCAGCAGUGGCAGCCAAAUGCCACUUGCCACCAGAGAAGAUUCGUGAGUUAAACAUGUACAAAACGAUUGAUAGGACAAUUCACAAGCAAGAAUUUGACCCAGAGAAUCUGAUAAAGUGCUGGGAGACGUGUAUGGAAAAUUCUUCCUACUACAGCAGGAAAAGGGCUGUGGAGGAAUUUAACCAGCAGAGCUUUUGGAAGAAGAGAGGAAUUGCCAUUAUCCCCAUGAAGUUCUCAGUUGGAUUUCCAAGGACAUUUUAUAAUCAGGCUGCCGCUUUGGUCCAAAUCUACACAGAUGGGUCUGUAUUGGUUGCUCAUGGUGGUGCUGAACUGGGACAAGGCAUUAACACCAAAAUGAUACAGGUGGCCAGCCAUGAAUUGGAGAUACCGAUGUCUUACAUACACCUGGACGAAAUGAACACUGUGACCGUCCCCAACACUAUUGCCACCGGAGGCUCCACGGGAGCCGAUGUCAACGGGAGAGCUGUUCAGAAUGCCUGCCAGAUCCUCAGGAAGCGCCUGGAACCCAUCAUCAGCCAGAACCCUAAUGGCACCUGGGAAGAGUGGGUUAAUGACGCUUUUACUCAAAGCAUUAGCCUCUCUGCCACAGGAUACUUUAGGGGCUACCAAGCCAACAUGGACUGGGAGAAGGGAGAAGGUGACAUUUUUCCCUAUUUUGUUUUUGGAGCCGCCUGUUCUGAGGUUGAAAUCGAUUGUCUGACCGGCGCUCACAAGAACAUCAGAACUGACAUUGUUAUGGAUGGAUCUUUCAGUAUAAACCCUGCUGUGGACAUAGGCCAGAUUGAAGGCGCCUUUGUUCAAGGUCUUGGACUUUAUACUCUAGAGGAGCUGAAAUAUUCCCCUGAAGGAGUCCUAUACACCCGUGGUCCAAGCCAGUACAAAAUACCUUCAGUUACCGACAUCCCUGAAGAAUUUCAUGUGUCCCUGCUGACACCAACCCAAAAUCCAAAAGCCAUCUACUCUUCUAAGGGCCUCGGUGAGGCUGGAUUGUUUCUGGGCUCCUCUGUGUUCUUCGCUAUUGCUGACGCUGUGGCUGCAGCGCGAAAAGAGAGGGGCUUGCCCCCACUGUGGGCGAUGAACAGCCCUGCCACAGCGGAGCUGAUUCGAAUGGCCUGCGAGGAUCAGUUUACAGACCUGGUUCCACACGUGGAUUCUAAAUGCUAUAAGCCAUGGUCCAUCCCAGUUGCCUAAUGCCUGGGGUUCAAGCACAAAAGCAGAUAUUCCGAUGGAUUUAAAGCUUCACCAGGUUACUAGAAUAAACAUCUUUGUCUAAAACACAUAGAAAAUUGGGGGCAAUUCUUAAAUUUUCAUAUUUACAAAAUACCUUGUAAUCUUUGAUCACUCACACGCACUAUAAGCAAUGAUGUUGUGGAGCUCCAGCCGGAGACGAUGUUUAAUUUGAUAUAUAAUUCGAUAAUAAAGAGCACCUUUCCACUGUGUGAAGAAUUUCUAUGCUGGGUGUACAGAGAGAAUGAAUGUCUAGUCUAGGCAUAUG